AAGGUGCAAUCGCUAAUGCUUAUGAUUAUUGUGUUGGUGAUGGACUACCAUCAAUAAGAGAAAAAGUUCUAAAUAAUGUAAAGAAUCUGAAAACAACUGAAACUUACGGUUUACCACUUGAAAUCGAUUUAAAAGUGGGCGCUAAGUAUAUGAUGACAGUGAAUAUUGAUAUUGAAGAUGGAUUAGUAAAUGGUGCUUGUGGAAAAUUGAUAGCGAUUGAUUAUGGAAAACUUCAAAAGACAAAUGAGACAGUACCAUGUCGACUAUGGAUUAAAUUUAAUGAAGAGAAGACUGGAAGAAAGGCUAGAGCUAACUUUCAUAAUGUAAUACGAAAUAGAAAUAUUGAUCUUAGUCUCAAACCAGUUGAAUCAGUAGUACGACAAAUAAAUACAGGAUCAACUAAUUUCAAAGUAGAACGUAAACAGUUUCCUUUAGUUCCUUGUGAAGCUAUGACUAUAUAUAAAAGUUAA